UCCCGUGCUCGGGGCUGCUGUAGUAGCUCGGUACGAGGGGCGGAGCGAGGGGUCCCGCCCCGGUUGCACGGCCGCCGCCCGCCCCAUCCGCCGCAGGAAGCCGCGGGGUUCACGUUCGUGCGGAGCUUGCUCGGAGCCGGCGGGGCGUGGGGCGGAAGCGCCCGGCACCACUCCCUGCCGCCCGGGUGCAGGUGACGAGGAUGAGCCAGAGGGACACCUUGGUACAUCUCUUCGCCGGCGGAUGUGGAGGUACUGUUGGUGCAAUUCUGACAUGUCCACUGGAAGUUGUGAAAACACGGUUGCAGUCCUCCUCUGUGACUCUAUACAUCUCUGAAGUUCAUCUCAACACUGUGAAUGGUGCUGGUGUCAAUCGAAUAACUAGAGUUUCUCCUGGACCUCUCCAUUGUUUGAAGAUGAUCUUGCAAAAGGAAGGUCCUCGUUCUCUGUUUAGAGGGCUGGGUCCUAAUUUGGUAGGCGUUGCUCCUUCCAGAGCGAUAUAUUUUGCUGCUUACUCAAACUGCAAGGAAAAGCUGAACAAUAUUUUCAAUCCAGAUUCUACCCAGGUUCACAUGAUUUCAGCUGGUGUGGCAGAGCUGCCUUUCACUUUGCUCUUUUUCUCUCCACGGUUGUGCAGAAGUUUUACUGCGAUCACAAUGACCAAUCCCAUUUGGCUAGUAAAGACACGAUUACAACUUGAUGCAAGGAACCGUGGAGAAAAACGAAUGAGUGCUUUUGAAUGUGUCCGAAAAGUUUAUCGAUCAGAUGGUAUUAAAGGCUUUUACAGAGGAAUGUCUGCAUCCUAUGCAGGCAUAUCUGAGACUGUUAUUCAUUUUGUUAUUUAUGAGAGUAUUAAGAGAAAACUACUGGAAUACAAGACUGCUUCUUCCAUGGACAAUGAGGAUGAAUCGGCAAAAGAAGCUUCGGACUUUGUUGGAAUGAUGAUGGCUGCUGCCACUUCUAAAACUUGUGCAACAUCAAUAGCAUAUCCCCAUGAAGUUGUACGGACAAGGCUAAGAGAAGAGGGAACAAAAUACAGAUCUUUCUUCCAGACAUUGUCUUUGCUUGUGCGAGAAGAAGGGUAUGGAUCCCUCUACCGAGGUUUAACCACGCAUCUGGUCAGACAGAUUCCAAACACAGCUAUCAUGAUGUCAACCUAUGAAGUUGUAGUCUACUUGCUCGAUGGAUAGCAGCGUGACAAGGCUUUCUAGAGGAAGGCAGAAGACUGAAAGACUGGAGUGGACUACUGAAUGUCAAUGCCAAAUGCGGUGGGCAGAAGGAAAGUUGUAUCAGGAACAUGCAGAUAUGGACAAAAUAGAAGGUUGAUUGUGGGCAACUAUGAUGGUUUUGCUGCCUUAUUGUAUGGUCUCUUAGCAAUGUUACAAGUGGAAGCCGCCCCUUAGGGAAUGCCUUUAUGCAUCUCUUUAUUCAAAAUUACUAUUUUGUUUCCAUCUGUUAAUCUAUAGGCAAGGCUAUUCAGUCAUCUUCAGAGACUUAACAGGUGAGGGAGAGGACGUGGAACUUGUUCGGGCAGCCUUAUUCCCACCUUCUAAUGAUUGCUUUCAACCACAUCCUUUUUGUUCUGUUUUACUGCACAGUAACCUGUUGGAAGAACAAGGAGGAUAAUACCUUCCAUACUUUUCCAUAUAUGAAAUUCCCAUUCAGUUGCUCUGAAUAUUCAUACAGAGACUGAGGUAGUCAGUGUAUAAAGUUUUCCAUGUUGCUACUUCAAGAUAGGAUGUGGCACAGGGACUCAAAAUUGCAUAACUUUUCACUAAAAAUGGUGAUACUUGUGUGGUAUUCUUUUAAAAUUUGAGUGGUGUUCUAGAUUAAUGAGAGAGAAUCUGAUUACUGAACUCUUCAGGUUAUCAAUUUCUUGAUAGUGAUAUAUGUAGACUUUUAGUUCUUCUGCAUCAUUGUUUUUUCUCUCUGAAGAUUCCCCCCCCCUUUUUUUAAAAAAAAAAAAAAAAAGGGGAGACCUAUGAAACAAUCUCCUGUAUCAUCAGCUUUCCUUGCCAGUCUGUCAAGUUGCUCACACAGCCGUGGGAGAUCUUGCUGAAUGCUACCUUACAGCCUUUCAAAAAAUCUUUAACUAGCCCAGCCUACCGUUUGUGAAGACAGAAUUAAUUCAGAGUUCCAUGGCACUGAAGAACAGGCUGUUUUUAUCCUAAAACUUUCAGCAAAGCUUGACCUAGCUUACUGGUGUAUGUAUUUGAGUACAGGGGAAGAACACAUAUCACUAUGGUUAGAAGGACUAGAAAGCACAAGAAUUUGGAGCUGUGAUAAGACUCUUCAGUGCAGGCAGCCUCUGUACAGAAUGAUGGAGAAAAUAGUAAAUUAUUUUUUUGUAAGCAUUCCCCCUGAUAAUUGCUGUAUCAUUUCUUCCAAUAUGAGCCUGCAUUCAGAACAGCAGUUGACAGUAUGACCUUGUCCUCCAGUUUGGAACAUUCAGGCGUUGUGUUUUGUUGUUCUAUAAGCCAGUUGCAAAAAUGUUUUGCAUUCAGCAGCAAGGCUUAGAUUGUAAGUUAUGACAGAAUGAACUGUGUUUUCCAAAAUCAUACAAUUGGGGUGUCAAAACCAAACGUUUAAUGUUAUAGGAACUUGUAUAGGUUUCCAGACAAAUGUUUAAUCUGCACCUUGAGUAUUUUUCUGUCGACAUCCAUGAUCCUUAUGAGAAAUAUGACCAUUAUAAAACUGGGGGCAAUAGCUUUCUACAUAUAAUUGCUGCUAUGCUGGUAUGACAGAACUGUGCUAUCGACUCUUCCAGUGUGGUACUUCAGUGUACUUAAACUGUGCAUUGUGUGCAAUGGCUUUCUAAUGAAUGAUUCCUUAUGCACUUUGUGGCCUUCUGGCUUGUGACUUUUCUUUCUCUUACUGGUUAUCAGUAGUCAAACUGUGUUCAGUACAUGCAGUUUGGUUUUAAAGCAUGUGGUUUGAUUUCCAUAUAACUGCAGAAUAAUGCAUUUUCUGCUGUAGAUCUGUAGGAUCUCUGUUGCAGUAGUUCUGUAGGCUGUAUGUAAAAGCUUGAAGCUUACGGAACAUUUGGUCUGGGUUUUUCUUGUUCACUUUAUUUUGACCAUGUCAUCUUCUCCCCACUGUCAAAAUAUUUGAGUACUUCAUGUAAAUGCACUAAUUUCUUUUUCCUCUAAGAGUCUCCGAUAGCACACACAGUGACCUUGCAGUGGAAUCUUGUCUGUAUUGUCUUCUUUGUCCUUGGAUAAUGUUGUCUUACCUUUUAAAGGCAAAUACUGUGGUCUGUGAUGUACUCACAAAGGUGAACUUGAUUGUUUUAGAGAAGUGAGAGGAGUGCUGAAAUGUAUUUUCAAAAAUUGGCCUCUCUAGGGUAAAUCCAGAGUGUUAUUUUGUGGCUCUGAGUUUCAAAGUUUUACUGUGAUACCAUUAUCCAGACAACUAAGUGCAGGACUAGCUACUUACUGUAAUUUCUGGUCUGUAAAAAGUGGAUUACCCUUCAGCUAUCUGAGUUAUUUGAUCAGAAUCGAACUUUAAAUUGGCUUUCAGCUUCAGUGUAUGUGAAUAUAGUUAACAUUUGCAUUAGUCUGGGCUUUGUGCAGGUUACUCUCCUGUGGUUUUUCCCUUGGUUACAUGUACAUCUCUUUCAGCAGUUCACUGGGUACCCUGUGUGCCUUCUGGGUGAGAUCAGUCCACUUGGAGUUGCUUUUAAAGUAAAAGUUUAAGCAAAGAGUGCUAAAAGAACAAUUAAAUAUGGGAGAUGACACCAAAAAAUAGACAAUCAGCUUAUUGCUCCACCUUGUUAAUGGGGGUAAAAGUGAUGUUUUAGCCUUCAGGGGUGAUCUUUUAUUUUGACUUGUUUCUUGGAUUUUUGUUCAACUACCAAUACAUAUGAAGUUACCUCUGAAAUAUUUCCCAAAGAUCUUUAAAUUAUUUAUAUUGUUUUCUUGAUGUUUUUUUACUAAAAAAGAAGAGCAAAGGGAAUAAGAACAUGCUACAUUAGUAAUAUCCUUAACUACAGAACUGAAAAUAGUGCAUUUAAACUUUCUUGAAACUUAAAUGGUCAUCUUAGUUUAUACUUGAAUGUAGUGUAUUUAUUUCACCUUUUUCCCUGCCAAGGGGUUUUGGAGGUCAGGAACAAGUCUCAGUAAUUAGUUUCUUUCCAUAUAUUUCCUUUGUCUUGAUAGGCCCCUAAAUGUUACUGCAAGCUAUUAAUUUUGACGUGGCAACCAGUUAAGAUUUGGGACACUGAGACUGCACUUUACAGAACCUGCCAAAAGGUGGCACUGGAGCAUGCAUUGAACAGAGGCAAAAAUGGGCUUCUCUGCCAAGCUGUGUGGGACAGCGUGCUGCUUGUCAUUGGUUUCUCCAGCAUAUUGGGGGGUAACAUGACAAGGGUGGCUUGAGAUUGGAAAAAUUUGACUUCAGUGAGUACAGUCACAUCUCACAGCCUCUCUAUUCCCCUUUCUGUCCCUUUAGUGCUGUGAUAACAGGUGAGUUGUGAUGUGUUGCAGCAGGCUGAGCCCAGCACUUAAACUGACUGGUAGAUCUGCUAGCAUAUGUUGUUUUAAGUAGGUUUACACUAGAAUUUUAUGGAGUUGUUUGGUUAUUUUAAGUGAACCAUCAGCCUAUUCACUUGUAUGUUGGUACUGCACCUAUCUAGUUCCCUGUUUACAUAACACACUCCAUAUAUUUUCUUUCUAAUUGAGAUGUUUGUUAAUGACAGUUUCUGUUAUGUUUUUGUUCCUAUAAUUGCAUUUGUAACAUUCCUCAGACUGUAGUGUUUUAAAAGAAUUCUUCCAGAUCCAAAAGUUUGGAAAGCCUUUAUAAAUAUUGCUUCCUGUUUAAACUGUUCAAAUUCAGAAAACAAGCUGAAUGCUGAAGUGUGCCUCGGUAAAUGUACUCUUUUUUUUCAAGUUUGUCUGUAAAGAUUUAGUUGUUUAAGUUUUCAGUUCUUCUAUUUAAGAGAGUCUGCCUACCCUGCAUAUGUGAACAUAAUUAUGCCCCGAGAGUCAUAGCUAAACACUCACAAAGAAUAGUUUGAGAACACUUUCAUACUCAUGUGAGGUUUGCUAUUAUUCUUGCGUACAUUCUUGGGUAAACUGUGUGCAUUUACUCUGUAUUUAUAUUGUUAACUCUUUUGUUUGGAUUGCUUUAAACUUCAAAGCAAAUUAAAACAACGUGCUUCUAUUCAAAUGUUGCCUUCUGUGAUAAACUGUACUCUGAUGUUUCUAAUUUUUUAUUAUUGAUAUAUACCAGUGCCUGGACAAUUGUGAUUAAAAAAAGAGCAAUUCAUUAGGA